AUGUCCGCCUCUCAAUCGAAACAGUGCCCCUCUCCCCGUUGCCAGUCUCCCAACCCCUUCCUCGAUCUCGAGGAGGCCCCUACCCGGCCCACCACGCCGUACAGCCUUGCGGAGGCUCCCAACCCAGUCCCCCCGUUGUGCAACCACCCCAGUCAUGGGGUGAGUCACUGGGACAAGCAUCCCCCCACCGUCGACCAUCAUUUCUUCAAAAUGAUGCUCCGCUUCGUGGAGCGGUAUGAGGUGUCGGAGGAUGGGUUCCGCCACCUCCUUACAGGGGUCAGGCGGGCCCUCGACGACGUGGGGUCCCACGACCUCCCACCCCAGUCCCCAUGCCCCCCUGGGCGCAAGGAAAUCGAUGCGCUUUUCCGUACUCCCGGCCCUGUGACAUUCACAGAGUCCCGUACCCCCGCCCCCCAAACGGUUAUACAAGGCGGGGAAGGACCAUUCGCUGACGGAGAGGAGGGCCCUGGAGGCCCAUCGGAAGAGGCUGGCGAAAGCCCGCCUCGCUGCGUCGCCUCGGCGUCAGACAGCGAGGUUAAGGCCGGUAGUCCCUCUCUUCCCGGUCCCCUCGGCGCCCCCGCCCUCUCCCAGUCGGAAGAGGACCUUUGGAGAUGCGUCUCCCCAGGCCCCUGGCCAGACUUCGGCCCCUGGCCCGACGACCCCUCCGACGACCCCGCCGCCCUAUCUCCUCCCCCGGGCCCAGCGAUGGAUGAGUCCGCAGGACGAGUUCCCGCUCCGGGUGCCGGAGAACCAGCGGUACUUGAUGUCCAUCGGCCCGGACUACGAAGAACUCGCCGUCGUCGGCAGUCAUCCCGGGUGCCCGGUAAUUCGGUACGUGGCCCUGCAGGAGGUCGUAGACCACGCGCUGGCGGCAGCGGGGGAACCCCUCCAGCCCCGUUUGUACCGCGCUCCGAAAUCCGCCUUUCGCUCGACAAGAUGAAGUUGAGAAUGGAAGGUUUGCGGCAGGACCUAGUGUUCCUGCUAGCAGGUGAUGAUAUGGCUAACCUGGAGAAGGCCAUAGAGGAGCACGCUGCCCAGGCGUAUCGGGAUGGGUUCGCUGCGGGGCGGGGUCAGUCCAGAUCUAAUUAA